AUGCGGGUUAGGGUCCCAGUCUGCUUCGGAGCUGGUGGUCCUGCCGGGCACCCUGUGGCCAUUCACCAGCCUCCAAGCGACCGGGACUCACCCGAGACGGGCGAGGAGAUGGGCCGCGCUGAGGGCGCCUGGCAGCGGGGCCCCGGGCCGGGCGCCGUGCAGCGCGAGGCGGCGGAGCUGACGGCGCGGGGCCCGGCGGCCGGCGCGGAGGAGGCGGCGGAGCUGGCGGAGGCCCCGGCGGCGGGGGACGCGCGCGGCGCGGCGGCGGCCGGCGGCCGCAAGAAGAAGACGCGCACGGUCUUCUCGCGCAGCCAGGUCUUCCAGCUCGAGUCCACCUUCGACCUGAAGCGCUACCUGAGCAGCGCCGAGCGCGCCGGCCUGGCCGCCUCCCUGCAGCUCACCGAGACGCAGGUCAAGAUCUGGUUCCAGAACCGGCGCAACAAGUGGAAGCGGCAGCUGGCGGCCGAGCUGGAGGCGGCCAGCCUGUCCCCGCCCGGCGCGCAGCGCCUCGUGCGCGUGCCCGUGCUCUACCACGAGAGCCCGCCGGCCGCCGCCUCCGGGGCGCCCGCCGCGCUGCCCUUCCCGCUGGCGUCCGCUCCUCCCGCGCCGCCCCCGCCGCUGCUCGGCUUCUCCGGGGCCCUGGCCUACCCCCUGGCCGCCUUCCCCGCCGCCGCCUCCGUGCCCUUCCUGCGGGCGCAGAUGCCCGGCCUGGUGUGAGCCCCUCCGCCGGGCCCACUCCCCUCGGCCGCUGGGAGCUCUGGGGACGUUCCGUGGGGUGGCGCCAGGCUCAGGGGGCGCGGGGCCCCCCAGGAGGGCUGGUGUGCGCCUGCAGCCCCUCGGGGCG